GGUCAUGGCCGUUAAGAGGGCGCGAAAUAAAAAUCGAACGUUAUUCUACUCGUGUAUUCCUCGCGCCAAAGAGAGGGGUGGAUGUUUACAUGUGGGUGAUGAGUGCAUCUGCUUAAGUCGUGUGAGAAGUAGUAAGAGAUCGAAUGCUUCGAAAAAAAAUCUCCAUUGAAGACUGACUAUUCGUUCGGAAUUCGUUCAUAACGCCGGUACUCGAGACGAGACAACGAACCGACGCUCGAUAUCUUUUUGUAGGAGUUAAUGACAAGGAUGCGUAUGACAACUAAACAAAGCUUGCUUCAUGAGUAGUUGGAGAAUUAACUAGCCACAAAUAGCUGCUGUGACAGACCGCCCAUGGAUAAUAUUUUAAUUUACUAUUAUUUAGGCGUUCCAUAAUGGAAAAAAAUCAGAAUAUCCCAGGUUUAGCUGAAGCGUCGCGCAUAUGGCUAAUAUCCGCCGAAAAAUCAAAGGCGAUUUACGUCGUGUGGCAGGAGUCAAUAGAACGUCUGGGCUACAGUCGAAUAGAAAGCGCAGACAGUAAACCGGCCUUUGUUGAACUUAGUUCUGUCGUUGAUAUCCAGGCACACUCAAAGUAUCUUUUUGCUGCUUCACAGAAUGCGUUAAUGUUUUGGACACCAGACAGUACACCAGGCAAAACAACAACUGGCGCAUCGGUCUUCUUUGAGCUGGCGGAAGAGGCAGCGUUACGGUGUUUUUGCUUUCUGAAACGUCAAGGCCGGUUCGCUCUUUUAUGGACUCCAGGCGGCCAGCGGAAAGCCUUUGUUUCGCUCAUCGAUAAAAAGGCCGAUGUACUAGCCCAGACUGAGCUUGCUGCUUUUGGAAUAUACGAUGUCACCUUUCUCGGACUUAGUGAAUAUGAUUUUUUCCAUUUGUCAUAUUCUUCUGAAAAGCUAUACGCUAGUCUCCCUGACGGUACUGUUUGGUCAGCGCAACUUUCGGAUCAGGAGAGUUACUUGAGCUAUUUUGAGAAAAAAGCCCAGCUCCGCUCACCUGCAGUUCUCAUCGUGGAUCACGGAAAUGACGAACUUUACUGUAUAUGCUGUCUUGGUGAUUUCUGCGUUCUUCGAACUCCAUCAAACAACGAGCUUUCAGAGUCUGUUUGUCCGGAGAAGAUCUGCACGCUACGUAGCGGCUUCCCUGUUAUCCGUGCCUUUCCAGCAGGAACUGCAAUUUUAGCCGUGGGUUUAACGAGUCGAGCAUUUUUGACCGUGGACAGAAAACCCUGUGGCAACAAUUCUCUAUUGAUUCGCCUCGUUGACUUGCCUCUAAUAGCGUCUGUUACGCAAGAUGUCACCAAUAGGGACCGGUUAUAUGUUGUAUCAUCAUCAGGAUGCGUAACCUCUCAUAUAAUCCCAUUCAUACCAGAGACAAGUUCCCAGUCACAAUCUCCACUGAGUAAACUUCGUCGUUUGGCUGAUCCAGCAGAAGAACAAGCUACGGAACUUCUUGCAGAGAUCGAAUUGCUCGAAAUCCAAAUGGCACUGGCGAUGUAUCUCAGAUUUGGAGCCAUCGACGUUAAAUGCGAUAUCUCACAGAAUUAUCAUCCUUCGCUUAUCCAGGACAACAUUGUCUCCUGUAAGCUGUCUGCAGCGGAAGGUUUCAUUUCUUCCAUGUGGAGCGCGUCAUUGAGUAUUGAACCAAUCGGAAGUAAUGUCCGAUGCAUGAGAAGCACACCAUUCGACCAUCGGGGUACACUGCUAUCCGCUCAGUUGGAGUGUCCUAUUCGACCGGUCUGUGCGGUCGCUGUUCACUUAAUCCUGAUGCAUCGUUUGCUACCACGUGCCCUACCCAUAAAGGUGCAAACGCAAAACAUUUGCCUUCGCUCUUCAAGAGGAUCUCCUGCGAGCUGCUCAUUAUUUAUACAUCAGCCACUUAUUGAGUGUGUGUUCAACGAUGAUAUCAAACCAGCACUGGAACGCCUCAUUGCUCCAAGGGAAGUGAGCAUUCAUUCUUUACCGAAGCUACCGAGUAUAUCUCGCGUUGUCCUGCAAGGAACUUCUCGGAGCCAUUUAUUGGGGCAACGGAUGCUUUUGAUGUUGGCGAUGAAGGAGCAUCGCCUCCCAAUCGAACCGCGGUUGCUGGUCAACGACUCAAUCACUCAAAAUAUACGUACGGCUCAACGUGAACUGGAAGAGUGUACGAGCAUUGAACAAAUACUGGCUUUCCAUGAAAAAUGGAGAAACCUUGUUACAUUCAAACUUCCUUUGUUGUGAACCUUAU